CCCAGUUCAACCAAUCCUAUCACAGUUAACCAGCCCGCGAGGGACUGUCGCGUGUUUCUUGGAUAUCUUUUCUUGUAUUCUGACUGUACAACAUGUUUUACUCAGAGGCUAUUCUAUCGCGUCGCGGUCCUUUGGCGAAAGUAUGGCUCGCGGCACACAUGGAGCGGAAACUCUCCAAAACACAGACGCUGCAGACCGAUAUUGAACAAGCUGCGGAUGCUAUUAUGGGACAAGAGGUCGAAGUGAUGGCACUCCGUCUCAGUGGACAGCUCCUGCUUGGUGUUGUCCGCAUUUACAGCAGGAAGGCUAAGUAUCUUCUUGACGAUUGCAAUGAAGCGCUUUUGAAAAUUAAAAUGGCGUUCCGCCCAGGUGUUGUAGAUAUGACUGAAGAACAGUUGGCUGUGAAUCGCAACGCAAUUACCCUUCAGGGGGGUAACCUGGACCUGGAUGUCCUCAUUCCUGAUAUUAACUGGGACAUCGACUUUGAAGAUCGCAUCGCUGAGCCACAAGGUCAUCACGUCGCCCGACAGGCUGACAUCACUCUCCAGACCGCCGACGAAUUCCAACUCGAUCUGGAUGACCCCGGCUACGGAUUCGAUCUAGGCCCAUCCGAUGGCAUAGGUUCACAAGACUUCGGUGAACUCGAUCUUGGGCUUGAUUUUGGUGAUGGCCCAGUUAGCGCCGCCAACGGAAGUGUUGAAGUCGGGCGUGAUGCACCCACCCCGCGGAGUGCGAGAGAGUCUCUGGAGUCCUUGAUGGGUCGCGAUACAGAGAAGGAUGACUUUUUCUCUCAUGUUAGCAGGGCGGCUUCUGAGUACAGAUUUAGCGUGGACAGAGACAUCGACAUGCCUUUCGGGCCGGAUAUUGGCGGUAUGGAUGUUGAUCUAGGCCUGGACUUCGGAGAUGGUCCGUUGAGCGAACCAGAGAGGAUGCGAACACGGUCGCCGUCCCGGAUGUCGUCUCCGCUCACCGAGCCUCCGCAAACGCCGCCACCUGACUUGCAGCUUACCCCGCGUGCGGCGACUGAGGUUCUUCCCGGAGAAGAUGUUGAGGUUGAGGCUACCAAAGUCAAGCGGAAGCCGCGAGAAAAGAAGCAAAUUAUCGAUGCGGUCAUUGAACUGACAGACAAAGGCGGGGCGAGGAGAGGAAGGGGUUUCGGCCCCCCUGUUGUCCAAGACCUUAGCGAUAUCCUGACCGAACAACGGUUCCUGCCUCGCUCCUCGAUGGUGAUGCGUCUCAUGGAAAUUCGAGAAGAUCCUCUAGCACAUUUCCUGCCGACCAAGGUUACUCCUGAGGGAACGUACCUCUGUGUUGGCCCACCGGGGCUGGUGCCUGAAUUGACGGAUUUAUUUAUGCGACCGAUACGAAGUGGGCCGCUAUCUAAGAAGAGGGGUACAUCUCCAGGAAAAGGCAGCAGGAAGAAACCGAGGGUGGAGGAUAGCGUACAAGACGAAGAAGAGGUCGAACAAGCCAGACGCGAUACGAGCGUGGCACCUAGCGUUGGUGUGCCUGGUGAAGCCUUGGGUCCGCGUGCCAGUCUUGCCCCCGAUAGUGGUGGCUUCGAGUUUGGCGAUAUGACCGGAGUGGUGGAUGACUUCCAAAUGGACGUUCCUGGCGACUUCCCCACAGCUCAAGAGGACCUAGGGGUGGAACGUGCGAGGAGCGUCGCCCCGUCUGAGCUGACUCGUUUAUCGACACCUGGGGUUGAGGGUGAGGAAGAGGAAAGUUAUGCCGAUCUCACCUGUCCUAUCGCUGCUUUCGACGUUCGACCCUUGCCAUCGACCCAAAGCCAGGAGACAGAUGGGGACACUGACAGCAAAGGAUAUAGCAAGAACACGGUGAAAGCGCUUGCCAUCAUACGCAAAGAAUUGCAACCCGGCCAUGAUAAUGGUCAAGCAGCUGUGAUGAGUUUCUCCAAAAUGGCACAAAAAGCAUCGCGGCGAGCUGCGUCUGCGUUCUUUUUUGAGCUUCUCGUGCUGGGUACGCGCGACUUACCUGCUUUCGAGAACAUUGAGAUCCGCGCCAAGCCCAGACUUUGGGAGCAAGGCGGUCCCAUUGCUUCUGCAAUGAGUCUGUAGGUUCGAUUGGUAGGCUAAUUUUAUAUUCCAUAUUUCCACUGUUCCUUGCGACACACCUUUCCAGUAGUGUAGGUUGUUCAUACACCACUAUUUUCUCGGAUCACAUUUUAAAAUUUGUAUAUACCAUCGCGAACAUGAUUUUCACCUUGG